UCGAGGUUGGGCUAGUUCUAAACAGACUCGGAGAACAAGCCUAUCCUGUAGCUCUCAUUGGACCCAUCCUUACUCUCACAUCAAUCUGUCUUUCUGCCAGAAAUGUAGCUGCUCUUCUACUUCUGGUAGCUUUCCAGGUUUACAGUUUAGCGUGUAGCGUGUAUAAUCUCUACCAGUACAGAUCUGCUGGAUUAGACUUCACUCAUGUUAAAUAUAGUUUAACUCUGCUCAUCUCUUUACUUCUAGGUUGUUCUAUACUGAGUAUACUCGCCUUACAAAUACUAAGUUUCAAAACUAGAAAGGAUUGGAAGACGGGUUGCAAGAAAUAUGCAUACUCAUUCUCCCGAGCAAACAUAGUUUCAAAGUUAAGUUUCUACUGGAUGUGGGGAAUACUGCGGCUAGGAUACAAUCUACCUCUAGAAUCAGCUGAUCUAUCCCCUCUACCUGACGAGGAGAAGGUAAAGAUUCAGUUUGAGAAAAUUGCGAAGAAACUGCGUACAGGAAGUGGAAUCAUUAGUACAUGCCUUAGGACAAAUCUUGGACUAGUUAUGUUUGGAGCACUUCUCAGACUGUUGGCAGAUGUUCUAGGAUUCUCUGGAGCUCUUGGUUUACAAAUCAUAGUAUCAUCAAUACAGGAUGGGUUUUCUGUUCAGCAGCAUCAAGAGAACAGAACUGGGAUAAAGGAGGAUUCCAAAGUUCUUCACGACAGUUUAACCUUUGACGAGCUGUUCUCUAAUAUCGUUAUCACAUCAAUUUUCAUCUUCAUUGCCAGCAUAGGACAAGGAUCUUUUUCACAGUUGUCUAGUCAUCUUCUUUCUGUUGCUGGAAUCAGGUUUAGGAAUUCUCUUCAGGUUUGCCUUUACCAAAAAGCUCUUCAUCUCUCAGUUGGCAGGGAGAAUAAAACCACAUCAAUAUUAGACCAGAAACAUAUUAAGAACUCCAGAACUGAAAACGACUCUAAUGACAAGAAUAAGGAUGAAAUUAGCUCCAGCAACCUUGAGCUAGGACUGAUUCUAAACAUUAUUUAUGAGGAUUCUCUUAAUAUCAGAGAUCUAAUCUGGAACUUACAUCAUAUCUGGUCGAUUCCCUUAAGAGUAUCCAUUGUUAUUGUUCUAGUUUACUUCAGGUAA